GAAAUGAGUCAGACUUUAGACCAUCCAUCAAUAUAAUAUCCAUCCACACUUUGGUGAUCUUGUACCUCUCCAGAUCUCUCUCUAGCUCCUCUCUAUAAAACCUCUCUCCCAUCACUCCCUACUAUUCUCCCUUCAAUCCCCACCUUUUUGUUCAAUCACCAUGACUGAUCCUUACUCACAUCCCUACCCUCAAUGGUUCAGAUUCAACCCCCCUCCUCCCCCUCACCACCAUACCUACUUUUACUCUUCUCAGAACCACCCUCCUCAGCCACCACUCAACAAUUACAUGUUCUACAAAACAAACCCUCCUCCUCCAACUCCAACUCCAACUCCAACCUCACCUCCUCUCAGAGAAGCAUUACCUUUACUCACCCUGAGCCCCAUGAGAAAACCAGAUCAAGAAAUUACCACAGCUGCUCAAAUUCCACAAAUACCCUCCUCCUCUUGCAGCACAAGCGGCCUUGACCUCAACAUGAUCCCCACCUACAUGGAUGUGGAUGAGUACAAGAAAAGCAGCCGAGAGGCCCGAGAUGAUAUCGACGAAGAUGUGGAUGAAAAUGAUGAACAAGUGACGGUAGCACUGCAGAUAGGGCUUCCAAACCCUAGCCCUGCCGAUAUGGCUGCGUAUAAUAUGCAUCAUCUUUUAACCACUUCCAAUUGUUCCUCUUCAUCAAACACUAAUUCCACCACUAGCGCGGGUCAUUUGUCAGCCAAUUGCUGUUAUUCCUCGAAUAAUAGCAGUCAUAAUACGAGUUCCGGUUCAGGAGGGAUGCAUAUCAGCAAGUAUUGGAUUCCAACUCCUUCUCAGAUUCUUAUUGGGCCUACCCAAUUCUCCUGCCCAGUUUGCUACAAGACCUUCAACAGAUACAACAAUAUGCAGAUGCAUAUGUGGGGGCAUGGAUCACAAUACAGAAAAGGCCCGGAAUCACUAAGAGGGACUCAACCUACAGGAAUGUUGAAACUUCCCUGCUAUUGCUGUGCCCCUGGAUGCAGAAACAACAUUGAUCAUCCGAGAUCAAAGCCCCUCAAAGAUUUCCGAACCCUUCAAACACAUUACAAGAGAAAGCACGGGAUCAAGCCCUUCAUGUGUCGAAAAUGUGGCAAAGCUUUUGCGGUGAGGGGUGACUGGAGGACUCAUGAGAAGAACUGUGGGAAGCUUUGGUACUGCAUCUGCGGGUCAGAUUUCAAGCACAAGAGAUCCCUGAAAGAUCACAUCAAGGCCUUUGGACAUGGCCACGCAUCCUAUGGUGGUGGAUUUGAAGAAGAAGAUGAUGACCCUGCAUCCGAAGUUGAACAAGAUGAUGACGAUGAUAAUGAUCAGUCCUCGUCUUUGCAGUGAAUCAUCAAUCGUGCUGAACUCUCUCUUAAAAGUAUUUAAAUGUGCACAAACAUGCAGAAGAUGUACAAUUUCUCUUUACAUUUCAGUGAUUCUAAUUAGGUUCCGUAAUUAAGGUUUAAGCACGUACUCUCAUCUAGCUUAAAAUUUAGUUAUGUUUAUCUAAAUCCCUCGCCCUACCUUGCUAAUUUCAUGAUCA